AUGGACGAGCUCGACUCCGACCACGACAACUUCAUUUCCCUGACCGAGUUUGCUGCCUUCUGCCGCUACAGCUCCAAAGAUGGCAGAGCCUCCGAGCUCCGCAACGCAUUCAAGCUCUACAAUCAGGACCAGAACAGCCUCAUCUCCGCCUCCGAGCUCCACCUCAUCCUCAACCGCUUAGGCUUGAAAUGCUCUAUCGAAGAUUGCCACCGGAUGAUUCGAUCCGUCGAUUUCGAUGGCGACGGAAAUGUCAACUUCAAGGAGUUCCAGAAGAUGACCCAAUCCGCCGCUCUAGGUUUUCAUUUUCUCUUUUCUGAUCCAUUUUCCUCUUAA